CGUCAAUUUAAAAAAAGAAGUCCUAAAAUUUCCCCAAUUCCCGACCCUACGCCUAAAUUUCUCGAACCCUAACCUAAAAUUCCCCCAAUUCCCGACCCUAAGCCUAAAUUUCUCGAACCCUAGCCCUAGCCCUAGCAAUCGGUUCGGUUCUCUCUGAUCUCACUCUAGCUCUGAUCUCUUUCUGAAAAGGUAGGAUGAAAGAACGUGUAUGGGCAGAUGAUGAAGAAGGAUAUAAGAUUUUGUUUUGUGGAAUGGUGAGUGCGGAAAGUGUCGGAUUGUCCGACGAGGGACCAGGUCAUCCCAUUGGAUGGUUUUCCAUCAAUAUUCCAGAUCCAGAGUGUCGUCCUCUCUAUAGCCCUUCUCAUUUGGCUAAGAUGAGGAAGAAAAGGGGAAAAAUUUUCCACCUAAAGAAAAAAAUAAAGGUCACUAAGCAGCCUCUGAAAGCUAUUUCUGUCCGAAUUUCUGAUUUAUACAAGCACAGUGCUGCUAUAGGAUCUUAUUUAUAUUCUCUCGGCGGUAUGGAAGACCCUUCUUCUUCUUCUUCUAAUAAUCCAGAGGAGGAUUGCGUUGAAAUGUGGAGGUUAGAUCUUACCGAUCCUUCUCAUUGGAGUCGUGGUCCCAAAAUGACGUUUCCUAGAUGGGAUCCUCAAACCAUCGUCUUGGAUGGCAAAUUAUAUGCCUUGGGCUUUCUGCUUGCCACCGAUUGUCCCUCUGAAUGUGGCUGGAUGGAGGUUUAUGAUCCCGAGUUAGCAACAUGGGAACCCCUGCCUAAUCCUCCAUCCCCACCGCCAUCGUGUUAUCAAAUCCGUCGGGAUGAUUUCACUUGUGCCGUUAUCGAAUCUAACAAGGAAAUUCUGUUAGUCAAACAUUUUGUUGCGGAGGAGGAUAACCUUUAUUUUGCUACAUGUUAUUCUUUUAACAUCCACACUCGAUCCUGGAUAACGCACAUGCCUCUCAAGCGGAAAUUACUGGGUUCCUUUCCUCCUCUUUUAGACAGAAGAGCAGUAGUUGUUGGUGCUAGUCUCUACUGGGCUGCUCUCUCUGAAGAAGAGCACGAGCUCGAAUCUUCUCGUUUCUAUGUUCAAGCUUAUAAUCUGGAUAAGGAUGUGUGGCUGCACGGCACUCUCAACGCUAGCCCACUUUUUGAGAAGCAUGAAGGUGCCCGAUCUUUUGACCUUGGUUCACCUCGAUUGUUGCAUUUGCGUGAUCAUUUUUUCUGCCUUCUCCUGCAUGCUUAUUCCUCCACUUCUCUUGAUUACCUUUACUGUCUCAUACUUAACAUCGAUGAUGAUUAUAAACUCCACAAGUUGCGCAUUUCCAUUAUGUCUGUCCAAAAAUAUCCCAUGACUGACGUCUCAUCCCUCUGGGAUAAUGUGCUGCUCGGACCUGGUUAGCGGCAUCUAUAUAUGGAUGGAAGUGGCUACAUGUGUCCCUCAUUUCCGUUAUGAGAUUGCUGCAAUCUGAAAUUUAUAUUUUAAUUCAAGUAUAUGUCUUUCUUUGAUGAUUCUAAUUCUCUCUUUGUUGAAAAUUGAUAUGAUGUUUGGGGUUUUAUUGUUCAGGUUAAGCACUAUAUGUUCUGGUUAUUUUAAUUGAUUAUGAUUGUGACAUCUGAUAACUCCUAGUGGGUAGACCCAUCCGUCCUGGCCAUUGGUGUUUCCAAUGGGUCUUAACUCGGUGUGGAAAGAAGUUUGGCAUGUCUAUAUAUAAAGUUGCAAAUUUAUAUGAAAGAAUGUGGGAAAGUAGCUUAUUAC